AUGAAUAAUACUUGGUCAAUUAUCAAAGAUUAUUCAAGUUUGGAAUUUUCAAUUUUGAAACCAAUUACUUUAUUACAUAACUUUAAUUUAAUAAGCCAUACCAUUGACAAUUAUGAAAUAACAACUACAAGUAAAUCACUGAAUUCAAUUCUUCCACCACCAUUAUAUUCUUCUCAUGGAAAUUCAUUAAAUCCAAAAUUUAUUGAAACAAUUAGUUCCUCAAUCAAUGUUUUAAGUUUAAUUUUUAUAAUUUAUCAAUCAUUACAAUUAGGAUUUAAUACUAAAAAAUUAUAUAAAAAGAAUUUACCAACUUCUUGGAUUCAAAUUUCAAAAUAUUUUAUAUUAAUCUUGCAAUUGGUUCUUCAAACUGUGUUAUAUUAUUAUACGUCAAAUCCAAUUGUAUUUACUAGUAUCAUUACUAUUAUUGGAGCUAGUUAUUUAUCAAUAUAUGAAUAUAGAACAUCAACUAUAUCAUGUGCUUCUUUACUUACAUUUUGGUUAACUAGUUUUUUAUAUUCCUUUGUAAUUUUGAUUCAAGAUUCAUUUUCAAAACAUAAGAUUAUUGCAAUAAAUUCAACAACUUAUGGUAUAGAAAUAACAACCACUGUAUUAAAUUUCAUUUUAUUUGUUUUAGAAUCUGAUUAUUAUAAACCAGGUUUCAAAACAGAUGAUGAAGAAGAAAAUAAAAGAAUUGAUAUUCUUUCAUAUUUUACAUUCAGUUUUAUUCAACCUGUUAUAAAUAAAAUUUAUAUAACUGAUGAUAUUAAAAUAUCUGAAUUACCUAAUGUUAUUGAAGAUAUUAAAUGUGAUCUGCAUUUACCAGCUUUAAAGAAAUAUUGGAAUUAUGAAUUAGGUUUAAAGAAUCAUUUUUUCAGUAAAAUAUGGAGUUUUAUUACAAGAAGUAAAUAUGAAAAUAAACCUGUAUUAUUUAGUGCUAUGUUUAAAGUUUAUUAUAAAUAUUUAAUUGGAGAUUUAAUUUUUAGUUUUACAAAUAUUGUAUUAAUGUUUUCACAACCAUUUGUAUUUAAACAAUUUAUAAUAUUUUUUAAUGAUUUUACUUAUAAUGUUAAAGAAAACAGACCACCAAUUAUUAUAGGUUAUGCUUUAGCUAUAUUAAUGUUUUUAAUUAGUGUUGCUGAUUUUAUUGUAAAUAAUCAAGCUGCAAUUUUACAAAAUAAACUGGCAAUGUCAAUGAGAAGUUCAUUAACUGUUUUAAUUUAUGAAAAAGCUUUAAAAUUUUCACCUGCUUCAAAAAAGAAAAAACCAACUGGUGAUAUUAUAAAUAGUAUAUCAGUAGAUAUUGGUCAAAUUAAUGGUUUUUUUUUAUCAUUAGGUACAUAUGCUUCAAGUCCAAUACAACUUAUAGUUUGUUUAAUUUUUUUAUUUAAUUUCUUUGGAUAUGCUUCAUUCUUAGGGUUAGGUGCUGCUUUAAUAUCUGCUCCAUUAAUUGCUAUGGUUCAAGCUACAGUUGUUACAAGUUUUAAACAAAUGAUGAAAGAUAAAGAUGAAAGAACUUCUUUAAUUACUGAAAUUUUAAGUUCUGCAAGAAAUAUAAAAUUAUAUAGUUGGGAAAAUCCAAUGUUAGAAAGAUUAAGUCAUAUUAGAAAUGAUAGAGAAUUACAAAAUUUAAAAAAAAUUGGAGUUAUUAUUGCUUUAGCUCAAUUUUUAUGGUCAUGUUUACCAUUUAUUAUAAGUGUUGCUUGUUUUGCUGGUUUUUCAUGGUUGUAUAAUAUUCCAUUAACUCCAGAAAUUGUAUUUCCAGCAUUAAGUUUAGUUGGAUUAUUAAUGGAACCAAUGGCUGUUAUACCAAGUUUUAUAGUAAGUUUAUUACAAGUUAAAGUAUCUCUUGGAAGAUUAGCUGAUCUUUUAACAUUAGAAGAAAUUGAUCCAAAUCAAAAUGGUAAAAUUAAAAGAGAAGAUUAUCCAAAAGGUGAGAUAUCAGUUGAAAUUAAAAAUGCAAAUUUUGUAUGGAAUUUAAAUGAAUCAGAAACAACUUAUAAAGAUGAAGAAGAUCAAGUUGAAGACAAUAAUGAAACUCAAAAUAAUAUUGCUUUAAAAAAUAUUAAUUUUAUUGCUAAAAGAGGUAAAUUAACUUGUCUUGUUGGCAAAGUAGGUAGUGGUAAAUCUACAUUAUUAAAUGCUAUACUUGGAGAUAUUCCAAUUAAAUCAGAAGGAGGAUAUACAGAUGAUGAUACAGUUAAAACUCCAAGUGUUGAAACUUUUGGAUCAAUAGCUUAUUGUCCACAAUCUCCUUGGAUUUUAAAUGGUACAGUUAAAGAAAAUAUUUUAUUUGGAUAUAAAUAUGAUUCAGAAUUUUAUAGAAAAACAAUUAUUGCUUGUGAAUUAGCUUCAGAUUUUAAAACUUUAGCUGAUGGUGAUAAAACAAUUGUAGGUGAAAAAGGUAUUUCAUUAAGUGGUGGACAAAAAGCAAGAAUUUCAUUAGCAAGAGCUGUAUAUUCAAGAGCUGAUAUUUAUUUAUUAGAUGAUGUUUUAUCUGCUGUUGAUGCUCAUGUUGGUAAAGCUUUGAUAAAACAAGUAUUAUCCGAUGAUGGUAUUAUUGGAAAUCGAACCAAAAUAUUAGCAACAAAUGCUAUCCCAGUAUUACAUAAAGCAAGUGACAUUUAUCUUUUAUCUAAAGGUUCAAUAAUUGAACAUGGAGAUUAUGAUUCAGCAAUUAAAAAUAAUGGAGAAAUUGCAAAAUUAGUUAAAGAACAUGGUCGAUCAAAUGAAGAUUUAAAAACUAAUGAUGAUGAAACUAAUAAACAUUUAGUUGAAUUGGAAAAUGCCAUAGCUGAGGGAAAUGUUACAGCAUUAGAAGAGGAAAUUAAUCAUCAUCAACAAUUACGUCGUGCUAGUGUUGUUUCAUUUGAUCAUAUUUAUGAAGAUCUUGAUGGUAUUGAUGGAAAUGAUAAACCUAUAACAAGUCUUGAAGAAGAGAAAAAAGAAAAAGGAGUAGUUCCAUUAAAAACUAUUGUUAGAUACAUCAAAGAAUGUAAUUUGGUUUAUUUUUCACUUUUUUUAUUAACUAUAUUAGGUAGUAAACUAUUAAAUGUUGCAGAAACUUAUGUUUUAAAAGAUUGGACAGCUAUUAAUAAAGAUCAUAAUGCAACUGUUGAUCCUACUUUUUAUUUAGGUUUAUAUUCUGCUGCUGGUGCAGCUGCUGGAUUUUUAACUUAUAUUGGUUAUUUUAUUCUUUGGUCAUUUUGUAUUAUAAAAGCAGCUGCUUAUUUUCAUAGUGCUAUGGCAGAAGCUGUUUUACAUUCACCAAUGUCAUUUUUUGAUACUACGCCUGUUGGUAGAGUAUUAAAUAGAUUUACUCAAGAUAUUUCAACUAUUGAUUUUGGUUUACCAUUUACAUUAAUUUCAUUUUUUAGAUUAGUUAUGACUGCAAUUAUAACUUUUGCAGUUUUAAUUAUAACUGUUCCACCAAUUGUAAUAAUUAUUUUAUUAUUAUCAAUUGUUUAUAAUUAUUAUAGAGUUAGAUAUGUUCCAGCAUCAAGAGAAUUAAAAAGAUUACAAUCUAUAGCUGGAUCACCAGUAUUAUCAAUAAUUCAAGAAUCCUUAAAUGGUGUAGAUACUAUAAAAGCUUUUCAUAAAAAAGAUAGAUUUAUUCAUAAAUGUAAAAAAUUUAUUGAUGAAAGAACUUUAGUUAAUAUGGUAAAUGUUGAUAUUGGUAGAUGGUUAUCAAUGAGAUUAGAAACUAUUUCAGCUAUAAUUUUAAUAAGUACUGCAACAUUUUCAGUUUGGACUUUAGGUGGUCAAAAUCCAAUUUCUCCAUCGACUUUAGGAUUUUUAAUGACUUAUGCAAUGAAUAUUUCAUUUAUUUUAUCAAGUUUAAUUAAACAAAUUAGUUCUGUUCAAUCUGAUGGUGUUGCAUUAGAAAGAAUUAUAGAAUAUUGUGAUUUACCAAGUGAAGCUCCAAUGAUUAUUAAAGAUAAAAGACCAACGCCUGAAUGGCCAGAAAAUGGUAUUAUUAAAUUUAAAGAUUAUAGUACAAAAUAUAGAGAAAAUUUACCACCAGUAUUAGAAGGUGUUGGAUUUACUAUAAAUUCAAAGGAAAAAGUUGGAAUUGUUGGUAGAACAGGUGCAGGUAAAUCAUCUUUAACAUUAGCAUUAUUUAGAGUCAUUGAAGCUACCGGUGGAGAUAUUGAAAUAGAUGGAAUUAAUAUUGGAGAAAUUGGUUUACGUGAUUUAAGAAGUAAUUUAAAUGUAAUACCUCAAGAAACUCAUACAUUUAGAGCAUCAGUAAGAGAAAAUUUAGAUCCAUUAGGUCAAUAUAAUGACGAUAAAUUAUGGAAAGUAUUAGAAUUAGCUCACUUGAAAGAACAUGUUGAAUCAAUGGAAACAGAACCAACAGAAGAUGAAAAAACUAAACUGAAAAAUCCAGAUGACAUUCCAAAAAAGAGAGGAUUAGAUGCAAAAAUAGAAGAUGGUGGGUCAAAUUUAUCAGCUGGUCAAAAACAAUUAUUAUGUUUAGCAAGAGCUUUAUUAAAUGAAAAAACCAAGAUUUUGGUAAGUGAUGAAGCAUCAUCAAAUAUUGAUCCAGAAACUGAUAAAAUUAUUCAACAAACUAUAAGAUCAGAAUUUAAUGAUAAAACUAUUUUAACAAUAGCUCAUAGAAUUGAUACUAUAAUGGAUAGUGAUAAAAUAUUAGUUUUAGAUCAUGGUAAAGUUGCAGAAUUUGAUACUCCUCAAAAUUUAUUAAAAAAUAAAAAUAGUAUAUUUUAUUCUUUAUCAAAAGAAGGUGGUUAUAUAUAG